UAUUUAAUUGCAAGACUUUGUUUUACAGGAUAAGUUUCAGAGAAUUCCAAUUUGCUCAGACAAUGAUGUUUGCCAUUGAGGAGAUCAACAACAGCAGCUCUUUACUGCCAAAUGUCUCGGUUGGUUAUAAAAUAUUUGACAGCUGUGGUUCCACACUUCCUUCAACACGUGCAGCCAUGGGUCUCAUUAAUGGACAGGAAAGAACUUUUGGAAAAACCUGCACUGGUCAGUCAACUGUUCAUGCCAUUGUGGGAGCCUCUAAAUCUUCCUCAACGAUCGUCUUAUCACAAAUUGCUGGGAUCUUUCAAAUACCGGUGAUCAGCCACUUUUCCACAUGUGCAUGUCUCAGUAACAGAAAGGUGCACCCCUCCUUCUUCAGAACCAUCCCCAGUGACUACUAUCAGAGCAGGGCACUGGCUCAGCUGGUAAAGUACUUUGGAUGGACAUGGGUCGGUGCAGUCAGAAGUGACAAUGACUAUGGCAAUAAUGGAAUGGCAACAUUCAUUGAAGCUGCAACCAAGGAGGGGAUUUGUGUUGAAUACUCUGAGGCCAUCUCAGGGAGUAGUUCAUAUGAACAGGUUGAGAGGGUGGUCAGAGUAAUCAAAACAGGCACUGCAAAAGUAUUAGUUGCCUUUCUUGAUUCUGAUGGAAUGGAUAUUCUGCUUGAAGAAGCUCUGAGGCAAAACCUAACUGGUUUGCAGUGGGUGGGAAGUGAAUCCUGGAUCACUGCUCAUCAUUUGGCUACUAUGAAAUACUCAGGUAUUCUUUAUGGGUCCAUAGGCUUUGCCAUAAAGAAGGCAAAAGUAGCAGGUUUGCAGGAUUUUCUUUUACAGGUUCACCCAAGUCAGGACCCUCAGAACCACAUACUGAAGGAGUUCUGGGAAGAAACCUUUGGCUGCAGUUUUCAGUCAAGUUUGCAAGGAACAAAGCAGUGCUCUGGAUCUGAGAGACUACGUGACAUUAAAAAUCCUUUCACAGAUGUGUCAGAGCUGAGAAUAUCCAAUAAUGUUUACAAAGCUGUAUAUGCUGUAGCUCAUGCAAUGCACAGCAUGUUAAAAUGUGGAGAAAACAGUGAAACAGUCAACGCGUCAUGUACCUUGAAAAGCAUUUUACAGCCAAAAGAAGAUGUGAAUUUUUCUCUUAAGUCUGGAGAGAAAGUGUAUUUUGAUGAAAGAGGAGAUCCUGCAGCAACCUAUCAGCUGGUGAACUGGCAAAGGAACCCAGCAGGAGACAUUGUGUUUGUGGUUGUUGGAAGUUAUGAUGCUUCACUACAAAGUGGAAAAGAAUUUACCAUGAAUGGACUUAACAUUACAUGGGUUACAGAAUCCUUUGAGAGGCCAGUUUCUGUCUGCAGUGAGAGCUGUCCGCCUGGUUUCCGACAGGCUAUGAUUAAAGGAAAACCCAUCUGUUGCUUCUCCUGCAUCACCUGUGCUGCUGGAGAGAUCAGUAACUCCACCAGUGAGUUCAUGCUACCACACUUUUUACUUUAA